AUGGCCUGCAUGGGUAGUGCUGCCGGCGAUCGACCCUCUUGCUCAACCUCCGAGGUUCAAACUCACCGUGUUUCUGAUUCUGCCCCGAACCCUCCCAUCGGCGGUUGUUGCGUCGACUGUGGCAGUGGUCGAACUGCAUGUGACGAUGGUUGCAUCCGUAAGAUCGCUGCAAUCGAGUGUCGUGCCACUUGCGGAAACCAACGCGAAAACAUUGCUCCCCUUGACCUUGAUGAGUGUCCCGAAAAAUGCUGCCGGGAUGCUGGGAGCAGCGCCACUGUCAACAAGAAACCUAUACCCGAGUCUACCUCACGCAACCCAGAAGACGCUUGUCACAGCCGCCGCACGAACAUUCAAGGACCUAGCGAUAUCACUGCCAAGAAGAAAGAGCCGUGUGGUAGCACAGGGAGCAUUACAGCGUGUGGUGGUGGUAAGCCUAACCGCGGCGCUCCUUGCUCUGGUGGGAGAAAGACAAAGUCUAUAAACACAAGGGACGGUGAGAGCUGUGGAAGUGGCUGCCAGAUCGACACGGCUCCUGAGAAAGACACAUGCUGUGCCAAUAAGCCGGGACUUCACAGCUCUGCUCAAGAAGACGACAGCUGCUGUGCUUCGAAACCAGCCACCGGCUGUUCUGAGAAGAAAGACUCUUGCUGCGCUAAGGAAGCAGACGCCUGUUGCGCCGAGAAGGAGGACACCUACUAUACCGAGAAGCAAGAUGCUUGCUGUGCCAAGAAGGAAGACACCUGCUGUGCUAAGGAAGCAGACUCCAGCUGUGCCCAGGAAGAUACCUGCUGCGCUAAGAAAGAAGACACCUGCUAUGCCGAGAAGGAAGACGCCUGUUGUGCUUAUGAAGAGGACACCUGCUGUACUGGCAAAAAGCGCCCUCUGAUUUCUCAGGCGCCAAUUGAUGGUUGCAAGCAGGGCUCCUCAUGUUGUGAUAUCAGCACUUCAAGCAAAGCGAAGGACCUCUCGCCAGCUGCUUGUGAAGGAAAGCGGCAGCAGACGGCAGUCGAUACUUGCAUUCACCAUCUUCAAAAAGCAUUUGCUGAAUAUUCCAGUUAUAUCGAGAAAGGCCGGUGUAUUUGCCGCAGUGUUCUCGAUCGCCUCGACACCUGCUGCGGAGAAGUUGUUCCUAAGAAGCCCAUCACUGAAGACCAGACAUCCUCGUUCGGAAAGUCAACUGCACUUGCAAGCACCCAACAGCUUCCUGUUCGCCGUCAAGCGUCACGGGCAUGCGGGAAAAGUUGUUGCGAUAACACGGCUCCUCGCAACAAGGCCGAGCUGCAGUCCUGUUCGCUCGACAAGGUCGAGAUAUCAAGUGAUUGGUCUAGAAAAUCGAUAAAUGUCAGAACGAAGGAGGUUGAUAUCGAAGAUGCUGCUGCUCGCGAACAUGUUCUUCUCAGUGUUGCUGGCAUGACGUGCACAGGCUGCAGCAGAAAGGUGUCCAACGUUCUCAAGAACAUAGAUGGCCUAUCCUCGAUCAAAGUUACCUUUGUGACUGCUUUAGUUGAAUUUGAUCUCAACACGUCGAUCACAAACUUGGAACAAUUGAUUCCACGCAUGGAGAAAGAGACCGGGUUCAAGUUUUCCAGGAUCAUAAGCAACUUCCAGUCAUUGGACUUGAGAAUCGAUCGCACUACUGCUACACAUGCCAAAGAGGAUCUUGAAGCCCUGUCCGAAUCCGUUGAACAGCUCGACAAGUUUACUUUUCGUGUCAACUACGAUCCGACAAUCAUUGGUGCACGAACACUCCUGUCGUCUAUCAGGGGAGCAAGUCUUGUUCCACCACAGAAUGACGCCAAAACAGCUGAUGGCAGGCGGCGUCUUGUGAAGAUGACUUGGUUCACGGCACUGGCUGCGGUAUUGACGAUUCCUGUUGUCGUAUUGGCAUGGGCCCACACUCCUGUGCCCUAUACAACCCGAUCAAUCAUCUCACUGGUUCUUGCCUCACUCGUUCAGGGUCUCGCAGUCCCCGAAUUUUACGCAGGGGCAAUGAAAUCGCUCAUAUACAGUCGAGUCCUCGAGAUGGAUAUGCUGAUCGUCAUCAGUAUAACCGCUGCCUACGCCUAUUCGGUGGUGGCCUUCUCCCUCACACACGCCGGAUUCACCUUGGAAAUUGGCGAGUUUUUCGAAACCAGCUCUCUGCUCAUCACUUUUGUUCUUCUUGGGAGGCUGGUGGCCGCCAUGGCAAAAGUAAAGGCUGUCUCUGCUGUUUCUCUGCGUUCACUGCAGGCGGAAAAGGCGCUGCUCGUUGAAUCUCUAGAAGAAACUAUUGAAAUUGACUCAAGACUGUUGCAGCUCGGUGACGACUUUGUGGUACCUGCCCAUAGCCGUAUCGUGACAGACGGUUAUGUGAUCCACGGGCAAUCUUCUGUCGAUGAGUCUAUGAUCACGGGCGAGAGCGUCCCAAUACCAAAAGCAAGCGGUGAUAAGGUCAUAGCAGGUACUGUCAACGGCCCUAGUCCGCUUACCAUCCGCUUGACGCGUCUGCCCGGCAAGAAUAGCAUCACAGAUAUCGUCAACUUGGUUGAAAACGCUCUGGCGAGCAAGCCUCGCAUCCAGGAUCUUGCUGACAAGGUGGCAGGAUACUUCAUCCCAGUUGUCAUCUCGAUCGCUCUUGUUACUUUUGCGAUUUGGAUGGCGAUAGCUGUGAAGCUUCGUGGGAAAGACACAGGCGGAGCCCUCGGUCUUGCCAUCACUUAUGGGAUUGCCGUGCUGGCCGUCUCAUGUCCUUGUGCUUUGGGCCUUGCUGUCCCCAUGGUUCUGGUCAUCGCUGGGGGUGUCGCUGCUAGGAGUGGAGUUAUUAUCAAACAAGCCAAUGCCAUCGAAAAAAGUUACAAGGUCACCGACGUUGUGUUUGAUAAAACCGGUACUCUCACCGAGGGGGAUCUCGCCGUUAUCCACGAGCAGGUUUUUCCGAAUCCAGAUGCAACUCAAGAUGAGGUAUUCGCAGUGACCAAAGCACUAACCAAGGACAUUCAGCAUCCAGUGUCUUUGGCGGUUGUCAACCACAUAAAGGGAACGAGCACCACCCCGACCGACAUCGAACAAGUCGAAUCCAUUCCUGGCUCGGGGAUUCGUGCAAGAUGGAAGGACUCCCUUGUCCAAGCUGGUAACCCGUAUUGGUUGAAUAUUGAGGAUCGGCCGGAAAUUGCAGCGCUCGUCGACAGAGGCAUGACCCUCUUUUGUGUGACUCUGGACAACAAAGUCUUGGCUGCCUUUGGUCUGAGAAGCAGCCUCCGGGACGAAGCUUAUGCCGUCAUUGCAAAUCUCCAUCGUCGUAACAUCAAAUGUCAUAUUGUCAGUGGCGACAACCCAAAAAUGGUCGAGGACGUUGCGAGCACUCUGGGGAUCCCGCUAUCCAACACGGCAGCUCGCCGUUCUCCUGGCGACAAACAGGAAUAUGUUAAAGCAUUGAUGUCUUCCGGUAGGAUCGUGCUCUUCUGUGGUGACGGAACGAAUGAUGCGGUUGCUGUUGCGCAAGCCGAUGUGGGUGUCCAGAUUGGCACUACUUCAGAUGUCACCAGAGCCACAGCCGACGUGGUCUUGUUCAAUGGCCUGGAGGGUGUGACCGCAUUACUCGACACCUCCAGACGAUGCUUCCACCGAAUCAUGUUCAACUUUUUCUGGUCCGCGCUCUACAAUCUUUUCGCUAUCUUGCUCGCAGGAGGGGCGUUUGUCCGCGUCCGCAUCCCGCCCGCCUACGCUGGACUCGGGGAAAUUGUAAGUGUGUUUCCGGUCAUCGCUGUUGCGCUGUCGCUGUUGUGGACGAGGUAG